UUUAUCUUCCUCAUUUCACCCCUUCUUUUUAAGCAAACGCUACUAGUGGUGGAUGCAAAAAGGGAGAGGCGUCGGCAGUUGGGUUGGAUUCUAGCGGGAAAAAUAGGACCCUCAUUCUCAACAAGAUUCGUCGCUUGUUUUAUAAUAGUGAAAGGUUGGUGGAGGGUGGCGCAGGACAAACUAGAGCAAAAACAAGCUCAUCCCAAUUCCAAACUUUUUAUUUCUUUCCGUCUUGCCUAAAACAAACCUCUAACUAGUUACUGGCUGGAGCCUGGAAGUACUCAAAGCCUUCUCUUUUGUUUGGGUAAGCUGGAGUUGACUACUGAUGACUAUGGGGACGCAGGGUUUACUGAGUAGAGGGAAGAGGAGGCUCUUGAUCUUGUUGUGCAUCUUGGAGGUCUUCUUUAUACAGAUGACUUCCAUUAGCGCUGGCAGAAGCAGCCCAUCCACCCAAAAUCUGCAGGUUCAAACCCAGUUGAAGCUCUUGAACAAGCCCGCUGUCAAAUCUAUCAAGAGUCCAGACGGGGAUAUAAUCGACUGCAUCAAAAUCACCCAUCAACCAGCUUUUGAUCACCCUCUACUCCAAAACCACACAAUUCAGAUGACACCAAAUUUUUACCCGGAAGGUGUUUUUGGUCAAAACAAGGUUUCUUCAAGGAUGAAGAAAGGAUCAAGGACCAUUACCCAGAUGUGGCACUUGAAUGGAAGGUGCCCACAAGGUACUAUUUCUGUAAGAAGAACGAAAGAAGAUGAUUUGUUAAGAGCAAGCUCUAUCAAAGCAUUUGGUAGGAAGAAGCACAGAAGCGUCCCUCAACCAAGGUCUGCAGAUCCUGACCUCAUCAGUCAAAGUGGCCAUCAGCAUGCAAUAGCUUACGUGGAUGGAGAUAAGUACUAUGGAGCUAAGGGAACCAUGAACGUUUGGGAACCCAAAAUACAGCAAUCUAAUGAAUUCAGCCUGUCCCAAAUCUGGAUCUUGGGAGGUUCUUUUGGCGAAGAUCUAAACAGCAUUGAAGCAGGUUGGCAGGUCAGCCCAGAUUUGUACGGAGAUAACAACACUAGACUGUUCACUUAUUGGACUAGUGAUGCAUACCAAGCCACUGGUUGCUAUAACCUCCUCUGCUCGGGCUUCAUUCAAAUCAACAAUGAAAUAGCGAUGGGUGCUAGCAUCUACCCUCUUUCUAAAUAUCAUGGUUCCCAAUAUGAUAUAAGUAUACUUGUGUGGAAGGAUCCGAAGGAAGGGAACUGGUGGAUGCAAUUUGGUAAUGACUAUGUGCUGGGUUAUUGGCCAGGCUUCCUGUUUUCCUACCUGGCUGACAGUGCUUCCAUGAUUGAGUGGGGAGGAGAGGUUGUGAACUCAGAAUCUGAUGGACAGCAUACUUCCACACAAAUGGGUAGCGGCCAUUUCCCCAAAGAAGGUUUUGGUAGAGCUAGUUACUUCAAGAAUAUUCAAAUUGUUGAUGGAUCCAACAAUCUCAGGGCUCCUAAAGGCCUUGCCACUUUCACUGAGCAAUCCGACUGCUAUGAUGUACAUAUUGGAAAGGGUGGCAAUUGGGGCAGCUACUUUUACUUUGGUGGUCCUGGUCGAAGCCCGAACUGCCCUUAAUCAUGAAUGAAAAAGAAUAUUCAUGAAGCCAAGUGCCUGCCCCCUAAGUUUAGAGUAGUAAACUUGUGAAUCAUGUUUUCACCCUCUAACUAGUAGCAAUACAGGUUAUGUCGCCCUACUAAGUCCCCCCCUAAAAUUUGUUGUGAGACAGGGAGGUAUUCCUACCUGCCAUUCUUUGUUCGAACAUAUGAGAGUAUAUGUUGAAUUGUUGCUGGUUUUGUGCUUCCUUUUGGACGACUGUAAGAAUGUGAACCAAGCCGAAUUGUUCUGGAACA